AUCGUGCGCGGUUGUUUCGCUCUCACACAUCAGAUUUGAGACGAAUAUUAAAGACGGCUGCAUUGUGUACCAUACGUUGUAAUGAAUACGAUUACGUAGACUUUCUAGAAACCAGCUGUUGGUUCGAGAAAUUUGUUUUGUCUAUGUGACAGUCACAAGUGUCAUAACAAAUCGCUAUAGUGUUAAAAAGCGUUUUUGUUGUUGGUUAUCCAAAAAUUAUUGAAGUCGGCAGCCGAAACAACUUGCCAAGGAUAUUUUCGAUUAGGUGUUUCAACAAUUGUGUGCAUGAAAAUGGACGACAUGAUUCAAGAUCCCUUGGGAGAUCCCGCUGAAAGUGGCCAGUCUUCACCUUUUGAAAGUGGUGCAUGUCCAGUGCAAAGUAAUAUGUGGUGCAACGACAUUCCAGCUCUUAGUCCUGCACAAAAUGCAAAUGUACUUCCGGGUUAUUCGGCUGACCAGCAGCAAUUUUUCUUUUCACCUACAUCCCAACAAAUACCAUCGCCAAUGUGCUUUGGAAGUUCUAGACAGACUACUGAAGGUGGUCAGUUCCAUUUUCAAUUCAAUAACUAUGGGUUCUCGGAGCAUAAUACAAAAAUGCUUUUGGGGAAAAGAAAAUCAAAUUUACCUCCGCCCCAACCCUGCAAACAACUCGUAACUGAUGAACAAAUGGCUGAACACAUGUCAAAGCUGCACAUUAAUUCACAAACUCAAUUAUUACCAAUUGAGCCUGACUCGGUGAAGAAUAAACGUCUGUAUAUGUGUGAAGAAAUGCGCAAGCUGCAAGAUCCAAUUAUGACUCUUCUUCCACCUGGCCUUCUUAAACACCAACCAUGUACAGCACUGGUUCUUUGGCAGCCACCUCAAAGUAGGAUAAUACCUAGCCUUAAUUCAUGUUUAAGUACUUCUUUUAAGGAUGCAGAUAAAGGCAAAAUAGAAGCAAAUAAAACUAAACCUUCUACAAGUAACUUGUUAGAUUAUGAGUGUUUGGAUAAUAAAUUUGAUGGAAGUAUGGAGUUGGAUUCUUAAUGAACAUCUCUAAAUUGACUGAAGAUCAAUGCAAUCCGAAUGCAUUUUGCUCUGCUCUAAUCAUAUCUUUCAAUACAGAACAUACUUUGACGAAUUGGUGUUUGCGAAUAUCAUUAUUAGCAUUAGCACUAAUGUUAAGUGAGAUUUCCUUCUGCGUAAACUUGAGCAAAAGCUGCGCAUCUGCAUUGCUACGAAUGGUGCUCAAUUGAAAAAUGAAUCGUGUGUGUAUAAUUGCUGUAUAUAACAAAAAUGUGUUGCUACAUCUUAGGUAACAAGUAUUUUGUGAUGAUAAGUUUAUUUUUCUUUGCUCGAAUUUAAUACGAAAAAUUUCCUAAAAGUUAGCAAAAUUCCCACUUUCUGUGUCCUUAAGUAAUUAAAUUCAUAAGCCAUAUUUACAAUUUGAUUUCCGUUUAUUUCAAUAUGUAUAUUAUAUUAAAUGUUAUAAUAUUUAAUAAUUUAAAUUAAAUAUUUAAUAUUAAUAACCGAAGAAAAUUGGUAUAAUUCUGGAAAUUUUGUAUGGACCUGUUUAAAAGUUUAAUGUACAAAUCACGAUUUUUCACCCAAACUUGCUACUGCUACAUCAAUUGAGUAAUUUUGUUCCUAGUAAAUAAGGUUUACAGUUAGGUAUACAAAGAAAUAAAUGUGGUAAAAACAUUCGGCUUAAUAAAUCGAGUUAGUAAUGUUACAAACUAUCACUUCUCAAAUGAACUGAAUUUUAUUUUUGUAUCCCUAAUGUAUUUUUUAAGAUGUAAACAAUCAAUUAAUUAAUAGGUAGCAAAGCUUCGAUUGGCUUCAUGCUUUGUUGCAGCCGGCUUUUGUCUAUUCAUAUAUAAUAUAUACAUGUCUCCUGUUUUACCAAUGUAGCCUUUUUUUACUGCGUUUGAUACAUUUUGUUUGUGUUCAAAUUUGAGCUGCUCUUACAUUUAUUCAUUUACGAAUAAAUUAUUUUGAUAUU